CGCGCCAGGGCUGGUCCCGAGAGCUGCGUCCGCGUCGCCGCGGCUCGCGCUGGUCCCCGGCCAUGAGCCCCCGCGCCGUCCCCCGCGGCCCCGCCAGCGCCGCAGCGGCGCUCGGGCUCUGCAGCCUCCUACUGCUGCUCGGGCCCGGGCACGCGUGUCCCGCAGGCUGCGCCUGCACCGACCCGCUCACCGUGGACUGUCGCGACCGCGGGCUGCCCAGCGUGCCUGACCCCUUUCCCCUGGACGUGCGCAAGCUGCUGGUGGCGGGCAACCGCAUCCAACGCAUCCCCGAGGACUUCUUCAUCUUCUACGGCGACCUGGUCUACCUGGACUUCAGGAACAACUCGCUACGCUCGCUAGAAGAGGGCACUUUCAGCGGCUCCGCCAAACUUGCCUUCCUCGACCUCAGCUACAACAACCUGACCCAGCUGGGCGCCGGCGCCUUCCGCUCCGCGGGGAGGCUGAUCAAGCUGAGCCUGGCCAACAACCACCUGGCGGGCGUGCACGAGGCGGCCUUCGAGAACCUGGAGUCGCUGCAGGUGCUGGAGCUCAACGACAACAACCUGCGCAGCCUCAGCGUGGCCGCCCUGGACGCGCUGCCCGCGCUGCGCACCCUGCGCCUGGACGGGAACCCCUGGCUUUGCGACUGCGAUUUCGCCCAUCUCUUCUCUUGGAUCGAGGAGAACGCGUCCAAGCUGCCCAAAGGCCUUGACGAAAUCCAGUGCUCCCUGCCCAUGGAGAACAGAAGGGUUUUCCUGCACCAGCUGUCGGAGGCCAGCUUCAACGAGUGUAAGUUCAGCCUGUCACUCACAGACCUGUUCAUCAUCAUCUUCUCCGGCGUGGCCGUGUCCAUCGCCGCCAUCAUCUCCAGCUUCUUCCUGGCCACCGUGGUGCAGUGCUUCCAGCGGUGCACCCCCAACAAAGACGCUGAGGACGAAGACGACGAUGAGGAUGAUUGAGCCGCCCCUUCCGGUCCUCGCUUUCCAGAACCCGAGCUGGCGGCUCCCCUCUGAGAAGAGAGGGCAAUGCUGAAUGCAGAAAGGAAACCGACCACCAUCAGUGCCCAGAGCAGUGUCUGCUCCGUGCCUGGCACCCUGGGCACACCCGGUGGGACCUCCGAUCUCAGAGUUUAGAGUUUAUAGAGCAUGAAGCUCAGGAAGGAUUCCCAGAGGACAGCCUGCCUCUCAGCUUGAGGUGUGUGCAUGGGGAGAAGAUAGUCAAGUCAGGCUUUACAGCUGAUGGCUGAAAACCAACCUCGGGGAUAUGAGCCUGCAGAGACAACUUUGUGACAUCCAUACUGGGAGACCAUGCAGUCUCUCCUUCCUUUCCAGAGGCAGCAGCUCAGACACUGGGGAUUCGGGUUCAGGUCCCUCUCCCUGGAAUCAGGACUUCUGUUCGUCGUGGAAUAACCUUCAGCAACCUUGGGAUUUACGCAAAGAACAAACCCCCAUUUGACUAACAUGGCACCGAGGAGAAAGCCUAGAACUGGCCAACGGGUGUCUGUUGUUAUAUGUUGGUUAGUGGGUUAGGAAAACUUUUGUCAACAAAACUCAAACCCUGAUCCUUCUCCUUAGAUUUAGCAACUAGAAGGGGAAGGAUAGUCAUUUUGUACAAUUGUUAUAGCCUCUGCUCAGAGUCACUCUUCCCUCUGAAGUUGUUUCCCUUCCCGGUCCCCACACUCUAGCCCCAUGAGUCCCUCCUCAGCCAAAUAAUGCCCGGCCAUUCUCUGUACUGGCACCGCUCCAGACUCAUCAUCUCCAGAACUUGCAAUAAACUUUCCUGGAGGCUAAGCUUCCAGAAGGCAGAUUGCAUCAAACCAAGAAAAUAGUAAAAAAAAAAAAAAAAAAAAAAAAAAAAAA